AUGGAACUGGAGUCCAUCGACGAAGGAAAUCUGGACGAGCAACUGAAGCAGCGGACCAAGUAUGAAUCGGCAUACUAUCGGGUCAAAGGGUUUCUGCUGGCCAAGAAUAAAAGUUUUAACCCGAACGUCACUAAUACUCUCUCAACCAUUCGUAGCCCUCCGUUGGCAUCGCAAGUGCGUUUGCCCGACGUUAAACUCCCGGUUUUCAAUGGAAAUCUUGACACCUGGUUGAAUUUUCACGAUUUGCUCGUUUCGUUAGUGCAUUCGUCCGUCGAACUCUCAAAUAUCCAGAAGUUUUAUUAUCUCCGUUCGUCAUUAUUGGGCGAUGCACUGAAACUCAUUCAAACGAUUCCAAUCAGCGCUAAUAAUUAUCCAGUCGCAUGGAAUUUACUCGUCGACCACUUCCAAAACCCUGCGCGUUUAAAGCAGUCAUAUGUUGAUGCAUUGUUCGAGUUCCCUUCGAUAAAAAGAGAGUCUGCUGCGGAGUUGUAUUCGCUGGUGGAGAAAUUUGAGGCCAACGUCAAGGUCCUUCAGCAGUUAGGGGAGAAGGUCCAAUUCUGGGACAUUCUAUUGAUUCGGAUGCUGAGUAUUCGCCUCGGCCCGACGACGAGAAGAGACUGGGAGGAAUUUUCGACUGCGAAGGAGGCCAUAUCUUUCAAGGACCUGACGUCAUUUAUCCAGCGUAGGGUCACCGUGCUGCAGAAUAUCCAGAGCACUACGGUAGAUGUCCCUGUUUCCGGCCAAGUGAAAAAGCCAUCUCAACGACCAGUCGCUAGUCACAAUGCAACCCCUUUCAACGCAAGGAGGUGCAUCAUCUGCAACGAUCAUCAUCCCCUUUAUCAAUGCGCUGCGUUUUCCAAGAUGGGUUCAGAAGACAAGGAGAAGGAAGUUCGUCGCAAUCACCUCUGUCGGAACUGCUUACGCAAGUGUCAUCAAGCGAAGGACUGUUCGUUAACGAGUACCUGCCGCAAGUGUCGGGGCAAGCAUCAUUGUUCCAGUCAUCAACCAACUAGCUCAGGUCGGAAGACAGCCAACUACACAGAUGAGAAGUCCACCCCCGCUGCAUCUACCAGCAAUCCACCCACUGCAUCUGUGUCAGCUACCAUCGAGCCUGCCAGCUUCGCUUCCGUUAGUCAAGGACGGAAAGCAAUCCUGCUUGCUACUGCUGUUGUCAUCGUUGUCGACGACAGUGGAGCCGAGCACACAGCACGUGCGCUGCUAGAUUCCUGUAGCGAAUGCUGUUUCGUUACCGAAUCAUUCUCCCAGCGAAUCAAAGCGCAAAGGAAGAAGGUCCAUCUUCCGAUCGCUGGUAUUGGUCAAUCGUCGGCGCAUGCCAGGCACAAAUUAUUCUCCACGAUUCGCUCUCGCACAGGAAGGUAUUCGACCGAUUUGGAAUUCUUAGUUCUUCCCAAAAUUACUAUCGAUCUGCCGUCGACUUCCGUUGAUACUUCGGCCUGGGAGAUUCCGCCGAGUAUACAGCUAGCUGAUCCGUCAUUCUGCAGGUCUUCUCAUGGUCAACCGAUUGCUCCAAUCGUCGCAAAUAUCGCCACCGUCAACGACGUGCACUGUCUAUUGGAAAGGUUUUGGUCCAUCGAGGAAGACAAUGCCUCUCCGUGCUAUUCCAUCGAAGAAGCCGCCUGCGAGGAACACUUCCGUCGCACGGUAACCCGCAACACCGAAGGGCGAUACAUAGUUCGACUGCCGCUGAAGCAGGAUGUGUUGUCUAGCCUCGUUGACAACCGUCGCACCGCUCUACGACGUUUUCACCAACUAGAAGGUCGUCUAGUCCGUAAUCCCGACCUACAUCAACAAUACCGAGUCUUCGUCGAGGAAUACCACGCGCUAGAGCACAUGCAGCGUGUAACGGACUACGAGAAUCCUCCCACUCCAUGCUACCAUCUUCCGCAUCAUGCUGUAGUGCGCGAAGAUAGCACGACGACCAAACUGAGGGUAGUUUUUGGCGCGUCGUGUAAAACCCCCAACGGACCAUCGCUGAACGACGCGCUUCUAGUUGGACCAACCGUGCAAGAAGACCUGCGAUCAAUUAUCAUGCGAGCCCGAACACACCCCGUCAUGUUGAUCGCCGACAUCAAGCAGAUGUACCGCCAAGUCCUGGUAGAUGAGCAGGACACUCCAUUGCAGCGAAUUACCGUAACAUACGGCACAGCCAGCGCACCGUACCUUGCAACGAGAGUUCUCCAGCAACUAGCCAACGACGAACGCGACGAGUACCCCGAAGCAGCUGAAGUUCUACGCAAGGAUUUCUACGUCGACGAUCUGUUUUCUGGUGUACGCAACAUAGCAGAAACAACCGCUUUACGCAAGCAGCUCGACGCGCUGUUACUCAAGGGCGGUUUCAAACUCCGCAAAUGGGCAUCCAAUGAAGAAGCAGUACUGGAGGAUGUCCCAGCAGAAAAUCGUGCUGUACAAGAGUUGGUCGACCUAGACCGAGAUCCGUGCAUAAAAACGCUUGGACUGCACUGGGAACCGCCCACCGACCAGCUCCGCUACAAAAUUCAGCUUCCGACAUCGACGACAGACGCGCCACUAACGAAACGCAUCGCACUAUCGUACAUCGCCCGUUUAUUUGAUCCGCUUGGACUCGUCGGACCCGUCGUAACCACAGCCAAAAUAUUUAUGCAGACACUCUGGACCUUGAAGGACGACGACGGCAAGAUUUGGAGCUGGGACAACGAGCUACCACCAGCUAUCAAAGAACGCUGGCAAGAGUACCAAUCGCAACUCCAUUUGCUGAAUGAUUUGCGCAUCGACCGUUGCAUUCUUCUUUCGAAUCUCGUAUCAGUCCAGCUACAUUUCUUCUCUGACGCUUCAGAACACGCAUACGGCUCGUGCGUCUACGUCCGCUCGACAAACGCCUCUAGCGCAGUUAAAGUUUGUCUGCUGACUGCGAAAUCGAAGGUCGCACCUCUGAAAAAGCAAAGCAUUCCGCAACUCGAACUCUGCGGUGCCCUUCUGUCUGCUGAGCUCUACGAGAAGCAUAUGGUCCGAGUAGCCGCUUACUGUCGACGAUUUCUCCAGAACUGUCGGAAAACUUCUACAGCACGAACGGAAUCAGCACAUCUCACAGUCGACGAGCGGAAGGAAGCAGAAGCGACGAUUAUCAGACUCAUCCAACAGCAAAGCUUCAGCACCGAGUACAAGGCCCUUCAACAAGCACAAGCAGUAUCCCCGAAAUCUCGCAUCCGUUGGUUUCAUCCUUUCAUAGGCUCCGAUCAACUGAUUCGAAUUGGCGGCAGGCUGGGAAAGGCAAAUCAACAGUAUGACAGCAAACACCAGAUUCUUCUUCCUUCUUCGCAUCAUUUCUCCAUUAUACUCGUUCGCUACUACCAUGAGAAAUAUCUGCACGCAGCACCCCAACUUCUGUUCAAUCUUCUUUGA